AUGGAACUGGACACUUGUGUCCGGCACAACAUCCCGGUCGUGACCGUGAUCUCCAACAACGCCGGUUGGACCGCCCGCACUCCCGACCGUCGCAAGCCCGGUCGCGAGCUCGGCUUCACCAACUACGACGGCAUGGCCCGUGAGCUCGGCGCUUACGGCGAGAGGGUCGAGGACCCCAACGAGAUCAAGCCCGCUCUCCAGCGCCGCUUCGACAGCGGCAAGCCCGCAGUCAUCAACGCGAUAGUAGAGCCGACCGCCGGCGGCGUCUCCCGCGCCUGGGGCGGCUCCGCAUGGAGUAGGGCCCGGACGCUCUAUCUGAAUAAGACCCAAUCAAACAGGGGACAGCCAAAGCCUGUCCACUUGUUUUUCAGCGAAACCGUGGCCAGUCACGCGACAUAG